UUUUUUGAUAUAAUAAAACUUUAUAUUAUAAUAUAAUCCAACAAUCCCGCGCUUGGAAGCGCGGGUCAAAAUCUAGUUAAAAAGUUAUAAAUGGAAGAUUAUGAACCAAACCAAGAAUCGAGGAAAUUUGAAAAGCUAUGAAAAUGUUUCUUUCUCGCAUAGAGGCAGAUAUGUUUUUUGGUCAUAAGAAAGUCCAAAGACUUGCUUGAGUUCUUAGAAGAAUGGCUUUGUAAUGUCAGCUUCCACUAUUUUUUUAUAGCAAACUCUACAACGCGACUCCUAUGAUUCAGCUCAAAACGUCAAAUAUUUAGGGCAAAUACUUUGUCUUCUUUUAAAAAUGCUUCUUCAAUUAGAGGCCAUGGCUACGUUUAAGCAACUUUUAAUGGUCUUUCCAAGAACCUCGGAGACGCAAGAUUCGUGGACAUGCACACCUUUCCUUCUCCUAUAUGUAUCUUAUGCUAUUGUCUGAGACUCAAAGUUCCAAACAGAAAAUUUUACAAGACUUUUUGUUUUUUUUUUCUUCAGAUGUCGCCUCAACUUGAUCCGGUAGCUGAGCUUGAAACCUUAAAAACACAAGUUGAUCAUUCAGGAAGUACUAGCUUCUCGAGACUUAUCAAAAAUGAUUCAGCUGGUGAAGCUGGCUCACCGAGAAAGGAAAAUGAGCAUCAUGGAGAACAUUCCCACCAUAAGAAAUCUUUGUUCUCCAAAAUGAAGGAUAAGGCUAAGAAACUUCAGCAUAGUCUCAGCGGCAAGAGGAGACAUGAUGAAGAAGGUGGUGAUGCAACCAUGUCGCCGCCAUUUGGCAAAUUAGAAGACCACCAAGUUAGAGAAGCAGGAGGUUAUGCGACACUUUCACCACGUGACAAGUCCAAAGAUCAUAAAGAAAGAGAAGUAGAAGAAGAAGAAGAAGAUCCUGAAUAUCUUGGAGCCCCAAUGUAUGAAUCAAAGAAGGCACCUGAAGAGUUGAAGGAGACUGCGAGGCAGCAUCCCAGGGAAACUCCUGUGAUCACUGAGACGAACGUUUUGUCUGUUCUCCCAUCCAAACACAACGCUGAACAGUACACCAACCAAGAAGUUAUUAGUCCAAGCAAGACCGUGACAGAAACAGUAACAGAGACGCUAGCACCUGCUUAUGCUAAAGUCUCUGAGGCUACUCACGCUAUAACUAAGAAGAUCCAAGACAUGGCUUUUCCGGAGUCAACAGAGGCAGAACCAAAGACAAAUGAUGUUUCAGAAAUCAACACUGCAGGAACUAACCAGCCCGCUGGCUUCAACACUAAGGUAUGGGACAAAGGCGUAUCAGUGAAGGAAUACAUAAGCGAAAAGUUUGAGCCUGGGGAAGAUGACAAAGCACUUUCUAGAGUGAUAACUAAAGCUAUCAGUCCUCGCAGAGCUUCCUCUGAGGCUGCUUCAUUUGGUGGAGCCACAAACAUGGUAGCUGCUUCAAAUUCAGCAGACAACAAAGCUCCCCUUUUAACCAACACGAAUGAAAUUGUUGAGGAAGAGAAUCAUGGGAAGAUGCUUCAACCUAAUUGAAGAACAAAGAAGGUUUCUUCAGUUUGUGCUAUCAUCUACGAAGUCUCUAUGUAAAAAAAAAAAAACUUUCUACUUCAGUCAUCUCUUUUCUCUAUUAGUUAUUGUACCAAAACUCGGAUUUCUGGUCUAAAGUAUGUUGUAACUUGUAUACAUAUGUUUUUUUUUUGUUUUUUCAUUCAUUUAAAUUUUUAAUGUUGAAUUCAGCUAGGUGAUCCAACAGAUGAACCUAGGAUGGCAUUAGCUCAUUAAAAUCAAUGUCCAUUUGGAAGCCAUAGAAACAAGAUUUGCUCUGAAAUUUAUUAAUCUCAUGAAAUGUAGAUUCAUUGUACAUACGUCAUAAGUCUUCUAUCGAAGGUCUGCUGUGAUAGACAGUCUUAUAAUAUUGAUAACAAAGGAACAAACGAAGAAUGAAUUAGAGGCAGCAAAAUGUGGUUUACACUCUCACACAUCAGAUGCUGAUGGUCUUUUCCUUUUUAGAUUAACAAUCUAAAAGCAUCUAACUGAUUAUUAAUUUUUUUUUUUUCUGGAAGGUGUCUUGCCAUUUUGGUUUGGCACUAGAUUGUGAAUAUUUGGAGUAGUUUUUUUCUUUGGGGCACAAUAUAGUGAAAGAAGAGAAGAAGAUAGCUUAAGAGUUGCAUACAUACAUUGUAAAAAAGUUUUUUUGAGGAAUAAAAUUUAACAUUCUUUCAAAAAAAAAAAAAUUUGUCAUCAACUGAUUAUAAUAAUGUUAUAUGAUUUUAGUUUCAAAUUGUUUUGGCAUUUUGAGAAAAUGUCCAAGUUUUGAAAAAGCGACUAAGCAUCAUGAUUUUGCAACAGUAAGGUAAUUUACCUCAAAAAAAUAUAAAAUAUAUGUGGUUCGAGAACAGUAUGCAAAUUAUGUCUGGUCUUUACAUAAUUCUAAUCUUCUAUAUAUUAAUUGAGAAUCAUUUAAGAAAUUGUAACUUUAAGUUUGUAAUAAUUAAAAAAAACUUUGCUUAAGUGUCAUUUAAUUAGGCUAUCAACUUAGCUUAUUUGGCAUCAUUAGAAUCAAUUGAAUAAUUAGUAAGUCCAAAAUCCAAUUGCUAGAAAAACUUAUAUUAACCCAAACAUAAAUGUAUAUAAUAAAUUUAAUAUUUUUUCAUUAACUUCAAUACAUAUAAAAUUGCUUGCGACAUAUAAUUAUGGUCGCCCAAGAAACAUACGGUUUGCCCCAAAAGUAUGCUUGUAUAAUAUUAUCUUUUAUGAUUCACAGCAACUUUUUUCAUUUUCGAUUUAAUACAGUGCAAACAAUUUUAUUGUAAUAAUUUGUUGUGGUUUUCAUAACGAACGCAUUCCGACAUAUGAUUCUUUCCACUGAUUUUUUUAUAAUGAGUUAUUUUUACAAUGAGUAAGGUUCUUCAAUAAAAGUUUUUCAGCAUUAUGUAUACCAAUUUGUCUCAAAUAAUUUCAGAGUAAUGUUUUGUUCAAAACUCAACACAUACCAACGGAUGUUAUAGGUUCUUUAACGGUCAAACUUAUUUUCACUAUAUCAGAGACGAUAUGAUGUGUUAUAGGUUUUAGAUUUCAGAGACAAUGUGGUAUAAGUUCUUUAGAGGUUAAUUUUUUCUUUAAGCAAAUCAUAGAACGACUUAGAAGUGAGUGUGUUUUAUUCAAUAGUAACUUUUCUAAUUUCUUUAAUAAACCAAGUAGUAAACAAUGAAAAUUAUAUAAUAUGGAAGGAGUGGAUCAUUGAUUGUUAUAUAUCCGAGUAUAGAACAAUGAAAUAUAUUUCAAAACAAUAUCAGUGGGCUCUAUAAUUAAUAUAUGGUUUAUACACUGUUGAUUUUGGUUAUGUGGUAUUGAAAUUUCAAUUUAACCGAACCAUAAAUCAAUCAAAUAAUUUCAAAAUAUUAAUUUUAUAACGAAAAAAAUCUUCAUUAACCGUGUUAUGUACUUUUAAAAUUAGUGUGAUUUAGGUAGGUAUAUAUAUUAUAUAUAUUAUGUUUUUAUCUAUUAAAGAAAAAAUAAAUAUAUAAAGCUUAAUCAAAUAAAUAUUAUAUACAUCGAAUAUAUUUGCUUGACACACAAUUCUAUAUGACCUAUAUAUGGGAAUUUAUAUUGAAUACUAAACAAACUUUGGCUCCAAGUUAUUGCCCAAAAAAUCACCGUAACUAAGGAAAGAAAUAAUUAUUAGGUUGCGCGACAGUUAAAGCUAUUAUACCUUCACCUUAACCUAACUAAUAAUCUUAUAUAAAUUACUGGUUGUACUCCAACGAUAUCAUCAUCAUACGACGUAAUCAUAUGUCUAUCGGCGACAACAUUUUGAUGUAUAAUAAUUUACAUAAAACUAGACUACUAUAGUUUGAUUUGGUAACACUGUAUAAACCAAAUAGAUGUUAUUUCUAGAAACCGUGGUUUAUAGAUAUGGUUUCAGUAUAUAAAUCGAUCAAACCAUAUAUAUCGAAUAAAUUGAUUAAUUAAAAUAUAGUAGUAUAGUUUUAUGUAAAUUACAUAAUAUAAUUAUAUACAUGUAGUUUAUUUUAUUUAUAUGAUCUUGAUAUUUAAGACGUUAAUUUGAAUAAUUACAUUUUUCUUAAAUUUAGUAUAUUACUAAUUAUUUUUCUUUUCUUCUUAUGAAUCUAAAAUAACUAUAAAUUAUUUAACAAUUAUUUUUAAUAGCUAAAUAUAAUAGAAAAAAAUCUAUUUAAAAUUAUAGUAAUAUUUAAUAAAAUUAAUUUUUAAUCAUACAAAAUUAAAUUGACAAAAUGUAAUAAAAGAUAAAUAUAGUUUAAGUUUUUUUGGUAU